UUCACUCUGCUGCUGGAAUUUCCAGUUCAUGUGGUGGGAGCCACAUCACGUGAGGCCUCUUUACCCCCCGAUCACUGCUAUGAUUUUAUUGCAGGCUUGAUUAGGCACAUGUGACUAACUGCAAAGCCCUGUUGGCAACGGGUGAGCGGUUGGCAAAAAGCAGAGGUCUUGCAGGGCUCUGAGAUGUAACGAGAUUCCGCCUAACAAGUUCACGAAGCGAGACGGGUUCCUUGGGAAAUUUGAUUCCUCUGGCGGUGUGGAACGCAGUUGGCCCAACUCACUUCAUUUCACACAUUAACUGUUUGCGUAGAGGAGAGACAUUUUCAUUCCACAGGCGGUCUCCACUACCUCACAGAGAGAAAAUGCUCCCCCUGCUUCGCUUCCCACAGAAGGACCAGCCAAGACGACUUGCAGCACUGUAUGAACUUGAAAGGGAACCAGCCUAUUGGGAUGCUCAGGCAAAAGCAACGCUGGAUGCUGCCCUCAAACUCCGCCCCCGAGAGCACCAAGCCAAGAACCUCAUCCUGUUCCUCGGCGACGGAAUGGGUGUGUCCACAGUGUCGGCAGCUCGAAUCCUGCGAGGUCAGAUGGAAGGCAGAUCGGGGGAGGAGACAAUGCUCGCCAUGGACACCUUCCCAUACGUGGCCCUGUCAAAGACCUACAGCGUGGACAAGCAGGUAGCGGACAGCGCCAGCACUGCCACGGCCUACCACUGCGGGGUGAAGGCCAACGCUAAGACGGUGGGGCUCAGCGCCAAGGCAGUGGCCUACGAGUGUAACACCACCUUUGGCAACGAGGUCUUCUCGGUUCUACGACGUGCUAAAGCUCAAGGUAAAUCAGUUGGUGUAGUGACCACCACCCGCGUCCAGCACGCCUCCCCGGCCGCUGCUUACGCGCACUCUGUCAGCCGCAGUUGGUACAGUGACGCAGAUCUUCCUUCCAGCGCCCACCAGCAGGGCUGCGUCGACAUCGCAACCCAACUGGUCACCAAUGUUGAUAUUGAUGUGAUUCUGGGGGGAGGGAGGAUGUACAUGACGCCAAAAGGAACUCCAGACCCAGAGUACCCCACCUCCAACUCUCGCAAAGGGGACCGCAAAGACAAAAGGAACCUCAUUGACGUGUGGCUCAAGGCCAAACCGAACAAGAAAUCCCACUAUGUUUGGCACAGGAAGGAGUUUGACGAGAUAAAUGUUAAAGCUACUGACCGGCUGAUGGGUCUGUUUGAGCCAAAGGACAUGAGGUUUGAGGUUUUCCGAAACAGAACACGAGACCCCUCCAUUGUGGAGAUGACAGAGAAAGCCAUACAAAUCCUCAGCAAGAAUCCAAAAGGAUACUUUCUGUUUGUUGAAGGAGGGAGAAUUGAUCAUGGCCACCAUAGUGGCAUUGCCAAAUUGGCCCUGACAGAAGCUGAGAUGUUUGACCGAGCCAUUCAGCGUGCUGCGCAGCUAACGAGGGAACACGACACCCUCACUGUGGUCACUGCUGACCACUCCCACGUCUUCACAUUUGGCGGUAACACACCUCGAGGAAAUCCCAUUUUCGGUCUGGCACCAAAGAAUGCUGAUGACAAAAUGCCUUUCACCAGUCUCCUGUACGCCAACGGCCCCGGCUACGUCCACAUAAAUGGAACCAGAGGGAACAUCACAAUGGUGGAUUACUACGACGAGGAGUACAUGCAGCAGGCGGCUGUCCCGCUGGAUGUUGAGACGCACGGCGGGGAGGAUGUGGCCAUCUACGCCAAAGGCCCAAUGGCUCACCUCAUUCACGGGGUGAAAGAGCAGAACUACGUGGCGCAUGUCAUGGCCUAUGCUGCCUGCUUGGAGCCCUACAAGAACUGCCCUCCUCACCCCCACAGCCACACCUCAAGCGGGUGUGCGACCCCUACAUCAAGCCUUCUGUUUGGCCUGCUCAGCUUCCUCUGGUUACUCAGAUGACCCCCUAACGCACACACGCACAGAAAUACUUUGUAUGUAUACAGCGAUGCAGACACUGAGUACAUAUACACACAAACAUUUUACUUACACAGGCUGACAAUUCAGAAUGCAGGGACGGACAAAUGCAGUUAGCAACUAAGAGAGAAUCCAAAGUGCAGGCUUCAGCAUGUAGGUAGUAUUCAAAUACAAACUUAGUCACCACAACAUCAACAGAACGUGACUACUAACUUGCACUAACUAUUUCUUUCAUUAGCUUGAUUUGUACUUUUCUUGUUUUUUGAAUUUAUUCUUUGUGGGCACUGUCGUUGCUGAAAAGCUAGUUAAAAUGAGCUAAAAGCAGUAAUUUACUGUUUCCAUGCAGUAUUAUGUGAGGCUUUACCUAGAAUAACUUGAAACAAACAGACCAAGGGCUCACUGUUGAGCUUGUGGACACUUAGACACACAGCGGCUGACGUACAUCAUCGUCAUUGUCCGGGUGGAAUAAAUAAUUAUAUGAUGGUAAGAGAAACCUAAACUACAAGCCACCACGGCGUACCGAGCUGCCACACCAAAAGACCUUACAAGAACUCAGGAAGAAACUGUACUUCUGUAAGGACUGAAAUAUAUGUAACAAUUGUUCAGAUGUAAUCAAUUUGUAUCUUCACCUACUUGGUUCCAAAUAGUAAAUCUGUUCUCUUUCAGAUCUAUUUAGAUUGUACAAGAAUGUAUUUGUCAGCAAUAUUUUUUUUCAAUGUAUUUUUAUACUAUUUUCUAAAUGUUACUUAAAUAAGGAUAAAGAAAGAAAAGAUGUUUUUUUU